UAGCCUUAACAAACGUUAGCACAUUGUUGCCCAUAUGUUUGUCUCUGGUAGGGUAGCACUGUGGUGAUGUUGCUGCUUUUGUCCUCACAAAGCUGUCGGGAGUUAUUUGUUUUCUUCACCAGGCGUCAACGGUAUUUUACACUCGUAGAAGACUAGAAAUUGUAAGCUGAGACAGAGCGGGUAUAGCACAUACAGUGGGAUGUAUGAGUAGGAGAUAUUUAUUUCAUCUGCAGCUAAGAGUUCAGAGGACCAUGUCUAGGAAGUGAGAGACGGCGAUGGAAGGGAAAGGCCCGUACCGCAUCUAUGAUCCAGGUGGGAGUGAGGUCAAGGCCAGAGAGGAGGCCGGAGGGGGAAGCAGCUAUCGACAGCUACUGGAGGAGAACAGCAUACUGAGGGAGCGGAUGAAGGGACUUAAGAGCUUAGGUGAUUUACUGGAAGAGUCUCAAUCAGAGGCAUCGAGGCUUCGGCAGCGAGUGGAGGAACUUGUGAGAGACAACGAAGCCCUCAAGUCCUCCAGCUUUGCUGCCAGUCUGUGUAUGGGAGGGCCUGUUCAGACUGAGACACAAUGUAGGUUUCACAGACUUGAUGGUAAACCCUGUUUACACCCCACUGCAGAGCAGAAGGAGGAGCAAACUAGCUCUCUAGGAAAGACCCUGCAGCCUGAGAAGCCAAGUGAGGCCUUAUCAGAGUUUGAAGUUGUGAAUAUGGAGGGGAAGACUCAAGAUGCCUUGACUGCCGGGUCAGUGGCAGGAGUAGUCCCCCUCCUGCCUCAGGAGAACAUUGAGCUAGCGAGCCAGCUGAAGAGACUAGAGAGCUCCUUCAGCAUAUUCGCAGAGGAGUCCAACCCGAACCAGCUGUUAGCUCACCUUGGUCGCAUGGCUGUGGAGUUUCACCAUCUUUCCUCUAAGGUCCAAAAGAAUGAGCAGAGGACCUCCCUCCUACAGACUCUCUGUGAGCAGCUCAGACAGGAGAACAAUGAGCUUAGAAAGAAAAUGGAAGAGGACCAUCAUAUCAGGAAUCGAGACCUGGAACAGCUGAGACAGGAGAACCAGAAACUUAAGGAGCUUGUCACAGGAGGAGCGGCAGCGGCGGCAGCAGCAGCACCAUCAGCAGUAUCUGCUGUACCCUCUGACACCGAAGCUCCAGAGGCCAAAGAUGAGCCAGUGAAGGAGGAAUCUGCUGCUGUACGACCUAAAAUGGAGGCCACCACGCCGCAGAAGAGUGGAAAAGCUGCAGAGAAAACCCCAACUAAACCUUGUGAUGCUGAAGUGUAUGAAAAGAAGAUCAAGCUUUUGGAGAAGCAGAGAAAGGAUGUACUGGAGGUGAACAAGCAGUGGGACAUUCAGUGGAACUCCAUGAAGUCACAGUUUGAACAGAAGAUCACAGACCUCAGACAAAGGCUGGCUGAGUCCCAGAAAACCGUGCUUGAGCUGGAAGCAGAGCGAGAGCAGAGGCAGCGCGACUACGACAAGAAGCUGCUGCUGGCCAAGUCCAAGAUUGAAAAUGUACAGGGGGAAAAGGAGUGUCUCAACUCUGAGACCACUGAACUGAAGCAGAAAAUUCGCUACCUGCAGGAUCAGCUGCUGCCCCUGAGCAAACAGAGAGAGUACCAGGAGAAGGAGAUCCAACGCCUAAACAGGGCUUUAGAAGAAGCCUUAAACCUGCACUCCCCUUCAUCCUCUCAACAACCACCUGGCCAGGGUAACUUUGCAGAUGCAGCCAAUAACCUGAAGAAACAGGAACUGCUCACUCAAAUUGCUGUACUCAAAGAACAGGUGAAGAUCUUUGAAGAAGACUUCAGGAAAGAGAGGAGUGACAGAGAGCGAAUGAAUGAAGAAAAAGAGGACUUGAGGCGGCAAGUUGAGAGACUUCAGGGUCAGAUUACUAAUUUGACCAAUCAGCUUCAUCAGGCACAGAACGAGUGUCAGAGAGAACGUACAGAAAGAUGUAAGCUGGAGAGACUGCAGAUGCAUCACAAACAGGGUUUUCCUUGGCAGUCAUCAUUCCCACAGCCCAGAGGGGCCAGAGCAGUUGGAGAAAGUUCAAGACCACCACCAGAGAAUGCAGAUCAGUCAGCAGCAGGAGCUGCAGCUGCAGCAGCAGGAUUUGGAAAAAGGGAUCGACAGACCAUUGACCCUGGAAAGCACUAAAGCAUCACCGUACCCACCUGAUGGAGUCUGGGUAGUAGCAUGAAAUCAGUUUGUUUUUGAGUUGACAAGGUGUGAUUUGAUCUAUAAUUUUCCUACUGAACUGUAGAUAUCCUAUUGUAAUGUUGUUUAUACUUGCGUUUUAUAAGGCUAUUUGUGAAACACUUCGCUAUUCUGAAUAUAUACAUAAAAUAUUAUUAUUAUUAUUAUUGUUAUUUUUUUUAAAAUCAGGAACUGAAGUCAUUUGUUUAAUAGGUUAGAAUAAUUAACAGUUUUUUGUUUUGUUUUUUUUCCCAGAAAAUAUACCUAUGUGAUGGUCUGCAAAUAUGUAACAACUUGACACUUAGUUUGUUACUUGUAGGGUUACAGGAAGCCAUUCCCCAAUAUGACUAAAACUACAUAUACUCAUUCCAACAAUGAAUGAUUAUAUAGGUACAUUGAAUCAUAGAAUUUACAAUGUGAAUGUUGAUUGAUUUAUGAGGAUUUCUUCAGUACCAUCGAUGUUACAGAACUGUCCCAUAUGUGUAACUGUUCAAAAGUGGUUGUUGAAAUACAAAAAUUUUGGGAAAUGAAUUUUGAUGGUAUCAUACCAAAAACAUGAUUGUGAUUAUUGAUAAUUUAUUUAUAACCUGCUGUUUUGAUAGUUGCAUUGACUAAGUGUAAAUCAUUGUCUUUAGUAAUGCUGUUCUUUCUAUGUUGUUAGUGUAAUCCCAAUAUAUUGUAGCUAUUGACAUUGUAUGUUUGUAUCAGACACAGUACACAAUGCACAAUACAUACACAACCUUUUUUUCCCCAUGAUGAUGGACCUAAUCUCAUUAAACACAACACUUGUACUUGACCACAACUGAUUGGAUCACUCAUUCCGAUAUUCAUACUCAUCUCGCUGCAUCCUGUACUAUUAACCCCAACCCAACAUACAGUAUCUAGGGUAAAAGCACUAAAACCUUUAGUCAGCAGCGAUGAGCACCCUCCUCUUCAUCCUCAAAUACCUGAUAUUUCAUAUUACCUGAAUGAGUAGUAGAACUGAAACGUUCAAAUUCUCCUCAAACAGCAGAAAGGGGAAGAGUUUCAUCAGUACUUUGAGGUCCUAGAUCCAGUGUUACAGCAGUGCAGCCGCUCCUCAGAGGACUACCUCUGCCAGCAUGUCUGGCUUUGCUCUCUGUCAGGAGAGAGAGUCAAGAGCCCUGAUAGCAGACACAGGAUCCACACCUCGAGAUGUUGUGUGUGUGUUACUAUUUUAAACCUAGAUCUAAUCUCAAAUCAAGUUUUAACUGAAUACCCAUUAAGAUUUCCUGAGUAAAGUCAAUAUCAGGUAGUCAGAUGAAGGGCUUCAGAAUGUGUGCACAUUAAUUUGAAAAAGGCUCCAUUUUAUCAAACAAGUUACAGAGUUACAGGGAACAGAAUCCUGAUGAGUGACAGCUGAAAUGAGACAUUUGCAGAAUUGCACUUUGAAAGGUAUGCUGUAAUUACUGGCAGUUGUAUUUUCUUGGUUUGUAGCCCCCC